AUGACUGAAUACUGGCAGGAUGACAGGAAGACGAAAGAAACUAUCGAAUCUACAAGAUGGCUUCAUUCUGGUGAUCUUGCUAAAAUGAACGAAGAUGGUUACAUCAGUAUAGUGGGUCGUAUUAAAGACAUGAUCAAUAGAGGAGGAGAAAACAUCUUUGCUGUUCAUAUUGAAGAUCACCUUCACAAACACCCUAAAGUUGAAGACGUUCAGGUCAUUGGGGUACCAGAUGAGAGAUUAAUGGAAGAGGUGAACGCAUGUGUCAAACUGAAAGCUGGUGUUACAUGUACUGGAGAAGAGAUAAGAGAUUUCUGCAAAGGACAGCUGGCCCGUUAUGAGGUUCGGGUUCCUCGCUAUGUCGACUUCGUCCCCAGCUUCCCAUACACCAUGUCCAACAAAGUUCAGAAAUACAAACUCCGUGAAGAAAUGGCGAAGAGACUCAAGUUAGACAACAUUGAUUCAUCCUAG